UAUUUUCUUUCACUUUUACAAAUCAAACACUCUCCUAAAAAUGGCAUCAUCUUCCCAUGAUCAUAUAGAUGAUACCAUUGAUGAAUGCAUUGAUAAUGUAUGCGAUCAAAUUUACGAUCAAGCGAUGGAAAAUAUUUUAAGUUACAAUGGUGGUCAUCAAGAAGCAACGAAGCCAAAGAAAAAGCGAGCACAUGUUGAAAGAAAUCGUGAAGAAGGACACAACCGCUUGUGGAAUGAUUAUUUUUGUGAAAAUGCAACAUACUCUCCACGAAUAUUUCGUCGUCGUUUUAGAAUGAACAAGCCCUUGUUCAUGCGCAUUGUUGAUCGACUCUCAAGUGAAAUGUCAUUCUUUCAACAAAGACGAGAUGCUACUGGAAGGUUUGGUCUCUCUCCAAUACAGAAGUGUACAUCGGCAAUUCGUAUGAUGGCAUAUGGAAGUGCAGCUGACGCGCAAGAUGAAUACAUUCGCCUUGCUGAAACCACUGCGAUUUCAUGCUUGGAAAAUUUUGUUCAAGGAAUCAUAAACUUUUUUGGAGAUGAGUACCUAAGGAGACCCACACCAGCGGAUCUUCAACGACUACUCGAUAUUGGAGAGAUGCGCGGAUUUCCCGGGAUGAUAGGAAGCAUCGACUGUAUGCAUUGGGAGUGGAAGAAUUGCCCAACCGCAUGGAAAGGUCAAUAUACGCGUGGAUCUGGAAAGCCAACCAUCGUUUUAGAGGCUGUAGCGUCACAAGAUCUCUGGAUAUGGCACGCGUUUUUUGGACCUCCAGGUACAUUAAACGAUAUCAAUGUUCUUGAUCGCUCACCAGUUUUUGACGAUAUUUUACAAGGUUGUGCUCCUAAGGUGAAUUAUACUGUCAACGGGCACCGCUAUAAAUUGGCCUACUAUCUCACCGAUGGGAUUUAUCCAAAAUGGGCUACUUUUAUCCAAUCUAUUCCCCUUCCACAAACUCCAAAGGCAUCCUUAUUUGCUACAUAUCAAGAAGCUGUUCGUAAAGAUGUUGAACGUGCUUUUGGAGUCUUGCAAGCUCGAUUCCAUAUAGUAAAAAACCCGGCUCUCAUCCAUGAUAAAGAAAAAGUUGGAAAGAUAAUGAGAGUGUGUAUCAUACUACACAAUAUGAUAGUAGAAGAUGAACGUGAUGGGUACACGCAGUUUAAUGUUGCAGAAUUCGAACAAACACAAUCAAACCGAACUUCACAUGUGGACUACACACUUCCUACUGCGAGGCUUUCAAACAUCACCGAGAUGAUGAUCACGCGAAAUGAAGUUCGUGAUAAAAGAACAAAUGAACGCUUGCAUGAUGAUUUGAUUGAACAUAUAUGGCAAAAGUUUGACACAAAUCAAGGUUACAAUCAGGAUUACAACUAAUCUAUUAUCCCAUUUAUGAUUUGUAUUCCUAUUUUUACUAUGCUUUUAUAAUUUGUAAGUUUUAAAAUUAAU